AUGUGCGGAAUAUUUGCAUACCUCAACUACCACGUGCCUCGCACCAGGCGUGAAAUCCUUCAGAGACUUAUCAAAGGUCUUCAGAGAUUGGAGUACAGAGGAUAUGACUCUGCAGGUGUCGGAAUUGACGGCAGCAAUGAAAAGAACUGGGAGAACAACGCUCACCAGAUCCAGCUCAUCAAACAGAAGGGGAAAGUCAAGGUCUUGGAUGAAGAGAUUAACAAGCAAGAAAACCUGGAUUUAGAUAUUGAAUUUGAGGUUCACUUGGGAAUUGCACACACCCGUUGGUCCACUCAUGGAGAGCCCAGCCCUACAAACAGUCACCCGCAACGCUCUGACAAGAACAAUGAGUUCAUCGUCAUCCACAAUGGAAUCAUCACAAACUAUAAGGACCUGAAGAAGUUUUUGGAGAGCAAAGGCUAUGAGUUUGAAUCUGAGACUGACACAGAAACUAUAGCUAAACUUGCCAAGUAUAUGUACGACAAUCGUGAGAAUGAUGGCAUCAGCUUCGCCACCCUUGUAGAGCGAGUCAUCCAGUAG